CCAACGUCGCGGCGCGCGCUUCAGCUGAUUUCUGUCUCCAACCAACACUGAACAUUAAACCUAAACUCUGCAACAGACGUCACCUUCUACAUACAAAAAAGAGUAAUCGACCUCAGGUUACUGUCCUUGAUCUAUAAGGCUAUAAGGGGAUGGUUGGGAAAGGCGAAUUCGCAGUGCAAUGAAAUUAUGACAUAUCGCGGCUCGACGCCACAUGGCCAUGGCUCGGGGUCCAAUGGUCAGAGUCAGUAUCCCCAAGCUGUGAACGCCGUGAACGUGAACAAUAGUUACGAUGCCUGGGGCAACCCGCAGUUUCAACAGCCUCAGCAACCUCAACCUGCUUACCAUCAAAACAAUUUCAUAUCUGUCACCUAUCCUCCUCCUCAACAGCAACCAAUACAGCAUCAGCAUCAGCAUCAACACCCGCAUCCUAUGCAACAUGCUCAUAAUGUUCCGAACCAACAAAUAAACUACCAAUUCCAAUCUUACGACCCCUCCAUGGAUCAGCGGCCUUCCAUUCAACCUUCACCCCAGAACGGAACAAAUGCGCCUCGACAAAUGGUUCAUCCCAUGCAACAGCCUCCUCUCCAGUCGCCUCAGCAACAUCAGUAUGCGCAACAGGCAGGAUGGCAGCAAAUGCCACCACCUAUGGCCAUGUCCUCCCCGUCGCCUUCGUACCAAACCCCUCCGUCGCAUAUGACACCCCAGGUCAUCUCUCAACAACCACCGCAGUCGCAACAUCCAUAUCAACACCAACAUCAUCCUCAACACCCACACCAGCAACAACCGCACCAGCAACAACCGCACCAGCAACAACCGCACCAGCAACACCCGCAGCCAAUACCACAGCAUACUAAUUCACCCAUCGCCGCCCAGUCCCCCCAAUUUGCACCUCAGUUCAUGCCGAACCCGAAUCCGAACAAUAGACAUGCUAGUGCCACAGGGGCUCGAAUGGAUCAUGCGAGUCGCGUAUCUGCCAGUCCUCGAUUGUCAACCCAUAGUGUUGCUAGAAGCCCGAGUGUAAGUUCGGUUAGAUCGCCCGCUCCGACACCGGGACUUGUACCGCACCAUGCGGAUACCAAUUCCCUUCUGAUUUGUCUUGCCGAGGAGUAUUUUACAAAGGCGCGAAAAGAGUCUACGUAUAUGUCGGAUAAUGCCUGUCCCCAGAACUUGCACGAGUACCAUAAACUUAUUGCGACGGGACUACGUUGCCUACAAGUGGUGUUAGACAAUACCAAAUUAGCUCCGCGGUUGGAAGCCAGAGUGCGAUUUCGAUAUGCCAGUAUACUAUGUGAAGAAACGAACAAUGUCAUGGAGGCUGAAACUGCUCUUACCAAGGGCAUCACGCUUUGUGAAAGAAAUCGAUUUACCGACCUGAAGUAUAUGAUGCACUUUCUUCAAAUAAAACUACUAUUUUCGCAACAGAAAGUCAAGGCGGCCAUGAUCGCAGUAGAUGGCCGGAUACGGGAUGCUGAAGCAAUGAAACACCAUCAUUGGGUGUACGCCUUUCGAUUCCUGAAGACUUCUAUAUAUCUGCAGUCUAGUAAUCCAGCAGAGACACACGCCCUAGAGAAUCUAAAGGCUAUCGGCAAUCUAGCAAACCAAAGGGGUGAACGUGCCAUAUUCGUCGUCGCUUGUUUACUAGAGGGCCUCAGUCUACUGAAGAAUCUGAAGGAUGACGCUAUAGUUCGUAUACAAGCUUGCAUUGCGCAAACGUUCCAGUAUCAGCUUGAGGACUCAAAUCGGAUUCCGCAACUUGAUGCUCUAGCACUCAUGCUUGACCUCGCUUGCAGCUUACAACAGAAAUCCACACUGGAAGUCAUGCAGAAACUGAAAAAUAUCCAAGACCGCAUGGAUUCUUCGAUGGCUGAAAAGUCAUGGCAUUCUGUGGACACAGAACUCCUGCUUCCAAUCCGAAAGAGCAACACGAUGGUGAUCAGCCAAGAUACGGCAGCCGUUUUGAGACCUGGGGCUGACGACGACCCUCAUGACUAUUUGGCCAUGUCGUUUUGGAGCAAGAUCGAGGCAUACACUGUAACAUACACUUAUAGUGGCCUGGCGCUCAUGCACCAGACUCCCCGCUACGAUACGAGAAUAUUCAAACUUUGGGAAGAGGCUCUAGGCCAGUUAUCAAAAUCCGGUAUCAAACUUCGAGGAGUACCAAACUCUCUACCAGAUGCUAUUUCGAGAGCGGAUAGGCACAGAGGGUGGAUGUGCUAUCUCUAUAUCCUUCAGGGGCUGCAUUUUGCAACGCAUACUAGAUGGUCUGAGGUUAAGAAAUGUGUUGUGCAAUUAGAGCGUAUGGUUCGACCCCCGCUCGAGGGUAUCGUCGUGCUAUACUCGAGAUAUCUUGCUGGAGUAUACCACCAAGGGACUGGGGACUUGAAAACUGCCAGCUCGAUCUUCCGUAAUGAGAUCUUCAGUCUGGAUCCUAACAGCGAUAAAAGUGGGAAUCACAAAGCAACGGAGCUUGAGGUGUCGUUACUGGCGACGUUUAAUCGAAUAUGGAUCAUGCAGCAUCCGGAUUAUCGAGAUGACCGACUGACACUAGAACUCCUGGAGCAACUCCGCCCGCUAUGCACAGAUCACACUAACAUGGAGAUCCGCACAGCGUACAACCUGGUGCUGGCGGCAAUACAAACUAAUCCGUCAAUUCCUAUGACGGCGGUCAAGAUGCACAUCUCGACGGCACUCACCAACGCGCAACUCCUAGGCAAUGUGCUAACGUUAUCUAUCGCACUCAACCUCAUGCGGGCCAAGCUCUUCCAGAGCAUCGUAGGUGACCAGGCACUCAAGAGCGCAAAAGCGGCCUCGAACCAGGCGAAGAAGAGUGGGAACACGUUGUGGAUGAGCGUGGCGGAUGGUAUGCUUGCACAGAGCUACGACGUUCAGGGGCAGGGUCUUGAGGCACAGAAGGCAUGGGCUGAUGCUACGGAGUAUUCUCGUCGGGCCUUUGAAAUGAUGAGAAACGGGAGUCCUGGUUGAUUUGACGUGACGACGAAGGCAGUGAAUCCGGGUCUAGUGAAGACAGGGCGUUAUGUACAUCACCAAUGGCUUUCAGCAUUGUAGGAUUUCUACGGGUUCUACGGGAGGGUAACUAGCUGGGCGCAGGUCACACACGGGAAGCGAUUGUCAUUCCUGUUGGCCAGUAUAGAAAGGCUAACAAUAUACCCUCUCAUCGCUUGACAGGCCGUGGGCCGUUAUUUGGUUGCCUAUCUUCUUGUUCUUGUUCUCGUUCUUAACCCAAUCCAACCUAACCUGGCCUGACCUCGAGACCGCA